ACACCACUUUUUCUGGUCCCCUGAAAAAUGUAAAAUGGGGGUUCUGCUGUAAUUCUCUUAGAACACGUUAUGGUGCUCUGCUUAUUCUCAGAAUAUAUGACUACACUGACAGAAUGUAACACCUCGUACUUACACACUUAUAUUUCACAGGUACAAAGCAGAACUAGCAAACAAAUUAUGCUGGACAGUGGGCGCUGGAUCAGAAAAUCAAAUAACAAAAUCAAAUAACAAAAUCAAAUAACAUCUACAUUCUACAAUGAACACUUUAACGAAAAGACUUUGGAAAUGUAUUUCUUAUUGCUUUCCACUUCGUAAAAAGAAACCUAAUGACAAUGCUGUUGAAGAAAUUGAGAUCAAACAGGAAUCACUAGAAAAACAACCUAUUGAAGCUAAUAGUGAAAGAGAAACGAGUUAUGAAGUAAAUAGUGAAAGAGAAACAACUAUUGAAGCUAAUAGUGAAAGAGAAACGAGUUAUGAAGUAAAUAGUGAAAGAGAAACAACUAUUGAAGCUAAUAGUGAAAUAGAAACGAGUAAUGAAGUUAAUAGCGAAAGAGAAACAACUAUUGAAGUUUCACCUGAACGGGAUAAAAUGUACUGUGACGAAUGUGUAUCCAGACAGAAGAGAUGCUUCGAAGAUCAGGUUAAAACAUCAAUUGAGAAAAAGAAAGUUUUCUGGACUGACUUUAAAAGAUCCAAUGACUUCGAGAGAGGCCUAUUAAGUAGAGGAUGGGUGAAGAAAAUUGCCCCCACCUUCAAUGCUGGUCCCAAGAAAACUGUAUUUCGUGACCCAACAUAUGGACAUAAGAUUAUAAGUCGUUAUGACAUACAACCCAACCUCAUCCUGACACGCAAAAGAAUUGAACUCCAUCUUCUGAAAGAGGAUCAGAUAACCAAUCACUUUUGCAGUCUGUACGCCACAACCAAGAGUGGUCUGUGCAAAGUAUUAAGGCAAUGGUGUUUGUCGUGUGAUGCGAAUCCACACACUUUCUUCCCUCGUUGCUACAUGUUUAGUAAGAUAAAUGAAAAACAAGCAUUCAUUGAUGACUUUACCAUGACUGCGGCUUGUGGUAUCCUAAAAUGGGUUUUGAGAACCAAUGGGAAGUCUUUGCAAGAUGAAGUUAUUCCCAGCCGGAAAGAUAAGGAAGCAAAAACGGCUAUUUGCAUGUCAGAUGCUAAAAUAAACAAUCAUGGCCCUGCAAGAAUUGUUCCAGAAGAUAUUAUAGUAACAGCCCUUGUGGCUUGCCAGUUUCAUCUGUACGACUUGACACAUGAGGAUGAAGACGACAUAAUAUGUGCCGGGAUAGUUGAUAGAAAACAUUUCAUAAGUGACUACUAUCAGGUUAUGCAUCAUGGUGCGCACAUACAGAAUUCAGACAAGUAUGUUGAUUACUGCCACCAAUUGUUAUGUAAGCUGAGAAGAGUGAACCCACAACUAGAUAUAGAUGGAGAAAAAAACAUCUGGAUUUCAAAACCAAGAAAUUCAUCUAGAGGAAGAGGGAUACGUUGCAGAAAUGAUCUGAAAGACAUAUGUUCCUUGGGAAAGGAAUGGGUGGUUGAAAAGUACAUAGAGAGGCCACUUCUUGUAUAUGGAACCAAAUUUGAUCUCCGUCAGCAUUUCCUCAUAACGGACUGGUACCCCUUAACUAUCUGGUUCUAUAAGCACAGUUUCCUCCGUUUCUCAUCUCAGCCCUUCACGCUGGAGAGAUUAGAUACCGCCACCCAUGUAUGUAAUUACGCCAUACAGAAAAAAUUAAACAAUGCACCAAAUCGUCACCCCAACCUGCCUGAAGAAAACAUGUGGCACAGUGACGAAUUCAAAGAGUAUCUUUGUACAAUCGGAAAAGAGCAAGUCUGGGAUUCAAUCAUUAUACCAGGGAUGAAGAAAGCCCUCAUUCAAACAAUGAAGGCCACUCUGGAAAAUGUGAAGUGCAGGAAAAACAGUUUUGACCUUUUUGGUUCAGAUUUUCUGUUUGGAGAAAACUUCCAGCCCUGGCUACUUGAGAUACAAUACAAACCUGGCAUAACCAAAGACACGUCAGUAAUGUGGAAAAUUGUUCCACCAAUGGUAGAGGACAUUCUACGUGUGGUGAUUGAUUACAAGGAUGACCCUAACUGUAAUGUCGGAGGAUUUGAACUUAUAUAUAAACAGGCAAAUUAUACUGGAAAUGGGAUUCUCAGUAAAGAAAAAACAUUUAGAGAUCUGAAGAUAACAACCAUCUCUGAUCCAUAACAGGUGGCUAGUGGGAUGAGUCUUGGAGGAAGGAAUAGUCCAACCAACCAUUUCCUUUUGAUGCCUAUUUUUUUCUUUGUUAUACCUUUUUUAAAAUAAAAAUUAUUUCCUUAA